CGUUGUUCUGGCAAAGAUGUCCGAUUUCAGUCAGGUGUGCGUUGGCCCGAACAGCAGCAAAUUUAUCACAGCAAGCCGGCCCAAAAAAUGCUAAUCAUCCAAAUUUUCGUAGACGGUAUGUUAGUUAAGUAAAUAUUUAGGCGGCAGGUUCUAAAUUUGCAGUGCAAGAAGCGUGAGUGACUGAGACAGGAAGAAAUCCGAAGCAGAACGCGGACGCCGGAAUAAGCCACAGUCAUAAGACGUUAUUAAACAUCGAUUCACGGGAGGAUGGCAAAAAGUCGCGAAAUUAUCCAACUACAUGUGGGCCAAGCCGGCGUACAGAUUGCGAGUGCGUGCUGGGAGCUAUACUGCUUGGAGCAUGGCAUCUAUCCGGACGGGCGUUUCUGCGAUUGCACGAUCUACGAGGACUGUAGUGCGUUUUUCAGCUGCGACAAAAAGGGCCGCUGCGUGCCGCGUGUGGUGAUGGUUGACCUCGAGCCUUCGGUGAUUGACGAAAUUCGGAUCGGUGCGUACCGGCAUUUGUUUCACCCGAGCACGCUGAUCACCGGCAAGGAAGACGCGUCGAGUAAUUUUGCCCGGGGCCAUUUCACGCUAGGGCGAAUGAUGAUCGAAGGUGUGAUGGAACGGAUCCGAAAGGUUGCGGAAGGGUGCUCCACCGUGCAGGGGUUUAUGAUCUUUCACAGUUUGGGCGGUGGGACGGGCAGCGGGUUCGGAACGUUGGCUUUGGAAAAAUUGUACGACGAUUAUGGCAAAACGACGAAAAUAGAAUUCAACAUUUUCCCAUCGCCGAGGAUUUCGCCGGUCAUUGUGGAGCCUUACAACGCAGUUCUCUCGACGCACGUCGGGAUGGAUUAUAGCGAUUGUGCUAUUCUGCUGGAUAACGAAGCAAUUUAUGAUGUAUGCGAUCGAAGUUUGAGCGUGCGGGAGCCGACGUAUACGAAUCUGAACCGACUAAUUGCGCAAAUUGUUUCUUGCAUUACGUCAUCCCUUCGUUUCACGGGAGCCAUCAAUGUGGAUCUGCUUGAAUUUCAAACGAAUCUUGUUCCUUUCCCGCGGAUACAUUAUCCCUUGGUUACCUAUUCGCCGUUGAUUCCAUUUCGGAACGCUAAUCACGAGCAGUUGACCACAUCGCAGAUAACUUCGGAAUGUUUCGAGCCUUCGAAUCAGUUGGUCAAGUGCGACCCCAGGCUAGGGAAGUACAUGUCCUGUUGCAUGCUGUACCGAGGGGACGUCUCUCCUGUGGAUAUAAACCGUUCGAUACAGGAUUUAAAAUCCAAAAAGACGGUUAACUUUGUGGAUUGGUGCCCUACGGGGUUCAAGAUCGGAAUCAACUAUCAGCCUCCGAUAGCUGUACCGGGCGGUGAUCUGGCGAAGGUGGACCGGGCAGUUUGUAUGCUCUCCGGUAAUACGUCUGUGCGGAGCGCAUGGGAACGUAUCGUACGAAAGUUCGAGCAAAUGUUCGAUCGGAAGGCGUUUUUCCAUCACUUUCUAGAUGAAGGCCUGGAAGAAAGCGAUUUGUGUGAAGCAAAGGAAAACUUGUCGACGCUCAUUUGUGACUACGAAGAAGUGGAAAAAUAGCAAAGCACGAACGGACAAAUCCCUUCUCCGCAAAAUUGCAAUCAUUAUUGUUCGUUUGUCCAAUGCUAUUAAGCAUCAAUUAAAUGCACGUAAACUUUUCGAAAUAAGUGAAUUGAUAAAAGCAAAUGCGCAAUUGUUGCGAAUAUCAGUUGUUGCGACAUUACCGGUAGAAAACAAACAUGGGAAGAUUACGUUGCCUUCUGCUUUUAUUGGCUCUAGCGGUUCCAGCAAUAUGCGGUUUCUGUACGAAGAACAUCGUCGUAGAUCUUGACGAUAGCUGUGCGUACAAUCCUAUGGUGGCCAUGUCCAAGCAAUUGGGGUGGAGUUUGUCGAAGGAAAACUGCGCUGCAAAGAUAUCAGACGAUGUUUUCGACAUACCACCAGUGAUGUUUUAUGACUUCACUGAUCCGGAUAGGAAGUAUACUCUCUUUAUGGUGGAUUUAGAUGGGGCCAGUGGAGACGGGUUGGUAUACGUGCACUGGUUUGUGGCAAAUAUUCCGGCGAUCGCUCUGACGGAAGGCUUGACCUAUGUGGAUGGCGAUACUAUCAUUGAUUUUCUAUCACCGUCCGCGGGACCCUAUGAGCACCGGUACGGGUUUUAUCUGUUCGAGCAGAUUGGUGGAAACAGCUUCCCUCCGAUGCCCCUCACGCGGGAGGAGUUUGAUUUCGUAGACUGGAUCAAUUCGAUUUACCCCGAAGGUGCACUUUGCGGUCCAGUUGCUUCGAUUGGAUUUAAUUUGUAGUGGUCCACCGUUGGAGAGUGCAGCCGUGAUGCAGCGGUAGCUUUUGUUGGAUGAAUGUAAAUACAUAUACUGACUGUGGGUA